CCAUGCUCGCACAGAUGGCGAUGGCAGCCUCACAUAGCGAAUUGAUCAAUCAGGCCUCAUUCCAAAUAUCGAUCGUAUGGAUCUAGAUUCCCAAUCCGCGCACCAGCUCCAAUUGAAUUCCCACAUCAGUAUCGCCGACGCAUGGCUGAAUCAUCGAUCGAGUGAUACAACUGCACAGUGGUAUGAUAUACUAGCUGUCCCUCUGUGGGCCGUCGGGCUGAAGGGGCUCUUCGGGUGUACGUCCGUAGUCAUUGUGACAAUGCGUGGGGUCUUUAUCUCGCACAUCUACGAAGCUCCCGUGUUUAUUAAUGCAGACGGAACCGCAACGGAGGAUCAGCGCUUUGCAGCCCACUCUUUCAACGUGCUUCGAGAUGGUGGGGACGGGGUUGAGGCCCACAACUCACUGAGCUACCUGAGGAGGAACGGAUAUUUUCACCCCGACUACAGUCCGGAGGUCUUUGUCAUAACCCCCUUCGAGCUUAAAGAGGGCCCAGACUUGGAGUAUCAGUAUGCCGCACGAGCCCAAUGGCUGGGGGGCCAAGCAGCAGACUAUAUCUAUGCAGGUCAGGCGACACGUCAAGCACCCGUCCUUUUUGGCUACGUACGGACAGACGAAAAGACCGCCAGUGCAGAUAGCGAACUUUAUGGCCGGCUCAUAGUGGAACUGGCACCCGCUAAUGGUGUCUUGUGGAGCGCCCAGGGUGGUGGAUUGGUGAUCGCUCGAUGGCGAUUGUGGGUUGGCGGAGUGUAUGUUACGGAUAGGGACUUCACGUUUGGGGCCCGUGUCGACAACCAAGGCAACGUGGUGAAUCCAAUAAACCGGCGUGAGCUCACUGCAUCUGAGGCCCUCGUACGGCACCAGAGCGAGAACUUCUUCGAGCAAAUGUGCCCGGGUUUCUGGGACGCGAUCACUGUAAAGUCCCCGCCGGGUACGACUUUUGUGGCCACCACCAGAACUGUGACCGAGUCGGGGACUUCUCCUUUGUCCUCCUCUGUCGUUCCGUCAACGACAAGCAAGCCUAUUGAUCUGCCCCAAACGAAUUCGACAAGCUCUGCCUCCCCAUCAUCUACAGAACAUACGGCCCUGGGUCAAACCAACUCCGCCACCAACUCAGCGUCUGAGACAUUGCUCAACCCUCCAGGGCAACCUCCCAGCUUCACCCUGCCAACCCCGACUAAAUUCUCCUCAGAGACCUCGAUCCCCGAGCCAGACAUUGCCAUCGAUGAGCAGCGGUGUUGGAAACCCGAGCUAUUCGACCAUGAGGAUGUCAACGACGUCGUUGUCACCGAACUCGCCGAGAUGUGCAUCCGCGGACAUAUCACUGAUGAUCACAUGUCGAUGGGCCCCACCGAUGAGCCUCGGUGGUGGCACAAUGGAGAUCCGUCGCUGGCUGUCGGUUAUGCGGAAAUUACGUGGGUCAAGGGCUGUGAGGGGCCGGAUCAGAAUCCAAUGUAUCCUGCCGAGGGAUUGAGCUGUCGGAAUAUCCUUGUCGAUAACUGGAAUACAUGUCAGUCUGCGAAUGGGGGUGCUGGUGGGUAUAGGAUUGUUGGGUGUUUGCGGUAUAUGUUCAUGCCGCAGUUGCCCUCUGUGUGGUACCCGGAAUGGGGGUGA